AUGCCUUUUGAACCCGGUGAUGGUCGGCGCUCCGUGUCGCCUCUGAGUACGGGACGCUCCUCGCCCGCUCUCCGUGCUCCUCGCCGGGUCGAGGACGGUAUGUGCGUUUGCGUGCCUCCUGUCCCUGAACCAUUGUCACUGACUGCAUCUCCGACCAGCUGUCGCCCAAAAGACAAGACCACUCGUCGCUAUGCUACUGCCAUAGACCGUGCCCUGUCAUCCUUCGACAGCGCCCAGCAAGAAUGGGCUGACUACAUUGCCUUUCUAGCCCGCCUACUCAAGGCCCUGCAUCCACCUCCACCCGCUCUUGAAUACCUGCCUCACGCUCAGUCCGUCGCUCUGCGUCUGUCGCAAUGCCUCAAUCCUGCUUUGCCAUCUGGUGUCCACCANAAAGCUCUCGACGUCUAUGCCACCAUUUUCUCCUUUCUCCCACCCCCAUCGCUCGGCCAUACUUUACACGUAUACCUGCCUGGCUUGGUUCCUGUCUUGUCCUUCGCAUCUCUGUCCGUACGGCCCAUCUUUUAUUCAAUCAUCGAGGAUCACAUCUUGAAGCUGGACUCUGAACACAUUCGUCCGGCCACAAAAUCUCUAAUUCUGUCAUUACUACCUGGUAUUGAGGAUGAAACAAGCGAGGACUUUGACAGGGCUUUCCGUAUUCUGGACGUUCUGCGAAAAACCUCUUCUCGUGACAUCGAAGAUGGUCCAGAUGCUGAAGGAAGAGACGGUUACUUCUGGCAGUGUUUCUUCCUAGCUGUAAUCACGAAUCCUUCUCGUAGGCAAGGUGCUCUGGCUUUUCUGACCCGUAAGCUUCCCAAUUUUACCCCAUCCGAAUCAUCUCCGGACUCGGGCCAGGCCGAAGACCGCACGCUUCCUCUGGCUGCACAAGCUGCUAUCAACCCUGAGCCUGGUCUACUCGUACGUUGUUUUGCUGCUGGCCUUCAGGACUCGCAGAUUUUGGUGCAGCGCGGCUUUCUCGAUCUAUUAGUCACACACUUACCACUACAUUCGCCUGUCUUCCGCAAUCAUGUCCGAUCCAAAGACAUGGUGUUGAUCACUACUGCUGCCGCGAGUUGUGUCUUGAGAAGAGACAUGAGUCUAAAUCGUAGGUUGUGGUCAUGGUUUCUCGGUCCUGAUCCGACCGUGUCAGAAGCUGAAGAUGGCGCGCCCCUGUCGCCCACAGAUUCACGUGGUAAUGUCUCCCAAAAGCAGGCUCUGUAUUUCCAGAAGCACGGUGCGGCAGCGCUUGAGAAGAGCAUUAUCAAUAUGCUUGGUCAGCAAAGUACAAACUCAACCAUUCGUGCUAAGCCCUUCCGCGUAUGUCUAUCCUUGAUGGAUCGCUGGGAAGUCGGCGGCUUGAUUGUUCCAAAGGUUUUACUCCCUGCUCUCAAAAAUGCACAUGAAUACAGCCAAGCCGGUUCACCAGCGCAACUUGAAGAAGUCAUUCGCAGUGCAAGUCUUUUCUUCGACGGCGUUGAGAGCAGUUUGAUAUGGUCGCGCCUCAUAAGUGUGCUUCUAUCUUCCUUUGACUCGCGACGAUCUGCUGAGAAGGAUUCUUUACGUGGUCUCGAAUUCCUCCAUUUCGUCAUUGACCGGUUCGAUGUGCGUGACGAAGAAAUGCUCUUGAAGCACAUCCCUAACACUCUCCUGAUCCUNUUUGCCCGUCUUGCUUCCAUUCUGAAUGAAACCCGGGAUGGUUCGGAGCGCUUCAUGACCCUCGUGUUGACUUUUGCGCAAAGAUUGUUGCGUCUUCUACCUUUGCGUGCCUUCGAGCAAGACGGGAAAGACGAUUCCCAUCAAUCUACUUGGCAAGCUGAGAGUUGCUCCUCAGUAGCCAAGUCACUGAUGCAACAAUACACUCGAGAUGAUUUCGAGGACAAUGCCACAGAUAUUGAGAGGCUCGAUCGACGAAGAACUGUUGAAUACAUGCUUCAAAGCAUUGUUCAAGUUCUGAAAAUGGCCUUGACGUCAGACGCCUUUACGAACCAGCUGGGUCUGAUCACAGAUUGUUUUGUUAGCAUCAUCACAAAGACGCCUAACUCCCAAGCAUUCCGUAAUGCAGACAUUUACGAUACCUUCAAGCAGGCACUUGGCAAAGAGAGCCUGCUACAAGAUUCUUCGAGCGAGCAAUCAUCGUUCUUAGUCAUUAGCUCAAUCAUGUCAGUCAUAGUCGCCAGUGUUGCUGGAAGUCAAUCGACAUACUUUAGUCACGAACAGGUCAUGGACCUACAGGCCAAUGUUCUCAACGGUAUCUGGCAUCAUCUGUCACCAUUUAGACCAAAGUAUCAUGUUGAGGCAGUCAGAUUGAUAUGGCAGCUGGAAAGCUUGACUAGAGCUGAACGUCAGGUUGAAGCACGAUUGGCCCUACUCGUUAGCGAUCAAUCUGAGGUAAACGGCCCGGAAAUAGCCUCCCGCUUCACAGUCCUCUGGGAGCAUACCAUGCAGAGUCUCAUGCCAAGAUCCGAGGGCUCUGGAAGGCCUUUGUCUCGUAGGCCCAGCGUUAUGCCGGCUUCAGGCGAGUUCGGCAGUGAUGUCGACCCAGAGAGGGUUCUGACAAGACCGUUACUAUUACUUUUGGACUCGUUGAAUACCGAGGGUACAGGCGCUGCUGAUGUCGUCUGGUCGUGGCUGCAAAGUCUGUCUAGUCUCGACAGAAUCUUCUACAUCAUAUGCUCCAAGCUCCACAAUGACAUGGAAGCCUUCGCUCGCGAAGCAGGCAAGAAGGAAGCUCGGCAUCGAACACGAAGAGACGCAGAACAAAGCCUGGAUGGUGUCUACUUCUGCCUUCAGCACCUGCGAAGUCUCCUACGCAGUCCCAACGAGCACAUGUGGCUCACUCUCUCGAAUCUUCAGUUUGAUUUCUCGAGUAUGUCGAGGCUUGGAACCUCGAAGACUGAUGCCGUUGAGUUCUUGUCAAGAACGUGUUUAAAGACUCUUGCUUUGCAAGGACAUACGGUUCCCCAGUCUCUGCAACAUGCAUCGUUGACGAUACUUCAAACACUACUUGAGUAUCCUGAUCCUUCCGUGUUGNNGAAGCAGAUGGCGAUCGAUGAUGCACUUAUUGGCACCCUGAGCAUGGCCUUGAAGGGUCCAAUUGGAGCUCUCCAGACUGUCUACCUCGAAACGAUAUCGAAAGCGCUCAAACUACGAGCGACCUCAGGCCAAAGCACGUUUGUGCCGCCUCGGAGCCCACUUGCUUCUCACAGACCUUCGCUCACCAUCGAGGUCCCAGAGAAGUUGCCACAACCAGUGAUCUCCACCCCACCACCGGAACUCUUGAAUUGUCUUCGUACCGGUCUAUCGUCGCCCUCCAGUCGUCUAUUCCUCGAACAUUGGGUCGAAUUUCUUGAUCAGGUUUUGCCACUCUAUGCGGAUGCUGUCUUUGCGAACUUGUUGCCACUUGUCGAGUGUAUAUGUAAGCAGGUCUCGACCGCUUUCCGAUAUGUGAAGCACAUUUCACACUCGACGCAUGAGAAAAUUGAGUCAGUGCCUAUAUCAACGCUAGCAGCAUUGCUACAUGGACUGGAGCUCGUCCUCGCUCAUGUUCAUCGCCAGUUCCAGAGCGAAGAAAUCGUUAGCCCUGUGCCGAAGUCUCCAGAGCCAUCGCAAGGCUUCUUCGGCAAUAUCUCUGGUGUCUUUGCGCAGGAUGGACAGCACGCACCUCCAAGCAAGACUAGCCGCAUAAACAGCAGACUCACCAUGAUAUUGUCGUUCCAAGACGCCAUUCGAAUUUGCUUCUCCAUUUGGGCAUGGGCGAGCAAUGAAAGUGGCCGGUCAGAUGCUACGUGUGCAGCAACUACCUCACUAAAUGCCCUCAAAUUGAGAAACCGUACGAGAAGAAUUCUCGAAAACCUNCUUGCCGCUGAAGAGUUGGAGUGUCUUGAAACACUAGCUUUGAUAUGGUCUCGACCAAAACCAUCUCAUGAAGCCGAGUCUGCAGCUGUUUUCGACUUACUCCUAGUCUUAGAUGGGUCUCGUCCCAAGAAUACAGUGCCGGUCAUCAUUAAUGCCCUCUACAGUCGAACAAAUAUCGAUGCUUUGGAUAUCGGGCGUAGGUCGAGUUUGACGUCUGAUCUGUCCACGGCUGAAGUGGCUGCUUUCUUGCUCAGCUAUUCGCGCGCAAUUGAAGACGAUGCGACCGACGAGAUAUGGGGCGAGUGCAUGAUCUUCCUGAGAGACGUACUCUCGAACCCACUGCCUCAUAGACAGAUAUUGCCAUCGCUUCUGGAGUUCACCGUCUUGCUCGCCGAGAAAAUCGACAACACCAACUUCGGUGAACUGCGUAAGAUGCGCCGCGAAUUGGGCGACAUCUUUCUCCGACUUUUAACUGCAACAUUCACUGCAAGACCACUAGGCAACAUUUUGGAAGCUCCAUCAACUGGGUCGCAACUUCCUAGUGGAGCUAGCGAUCUGAUUCAAAGCCUUCUCUAUGUCACGCCAAGACUCUCGACAAUUUUGCAAAGUAAUGACAGAGUCCAGACUGCUGUAAACACCAUAUCGAGCAAUGUCAUGACGCCAGCCUUCCAUGCAAAGGCGUUCCCUGAGAACGUCAAUAAAAACUUGUUGAAACUUUUCGAGCAUGUAGCACAGCAAGGGCCAACUUCCAAACAAUGGAAGAAGGACAUCGCAGAUGCCUUCAACAAUCCUCGACUGUUGACGUGCUCUGCAGAUUUGAUGCACAAUGGAUGGUAUCCUGUGCUACGCAAGUGGGCGCUUAGUGACAAGGAUCGUCUCCCUGAGCUUCUAUCCAAGAUCACCGCUCCUUCAACGGCUGGCAUUAUGUUCGGCGUCGGUGCCAAUGCAGCACGCCUCGAAGCCGAUCGAAGGACACAGCUUACGCUGCGAAAGAUGAUGCUGCUCAUGCUCGCCUGCGAGCAAGACAUUUUCGUGGGCAACCUGACGCAGAUUGUGGACAAAAUCGUCGAUUUGUGCACGGCCGAUGCCUCUUCCUCGCCAUCGUCCACCACAAGGGCAGAAGUCUUCAUGGUAUUCCGAGCAAUUAUACUCUCCUUCUCGCCAAUACACUUAUCCGCUGUAUGGCCCGUUCUCAACGCAAACUUGCAGAAGGCUAUCACUACAUGCCUGCCCGGUGGUUAUGAACAGGACACUUAUAGCAAUCUCUCAUUGUUGCAAGCUUGUAAACUCCUCGAUCUGCUGACUACACUAUCGCCCGACGAGUUCCAGCUGCACGAGUGGCUCUACAUCACCGACACUAUCGACGCCGUAUACCGACCUGUCGACCUCAACCCAGUAGCCUUGACUGACGAAGCAGCCGAAGCUCUAGGUAUGGAGAGCUCAGAGCAUCCCGCCUUUACGCCACCAACCACGAACAAUAACUCGUCCAGCGAAGCGGGUCUCAGAAGACCGUUCUUGGGUGGGUCUGGCGUGGACGGCGCCGAUACAAAGGCAAUGGCCAGAGAUGACUUCUUGCGCAGUGUGUUGCAGCCUUUCUUCAGCCAGUUGAGCAUGUAUUCGUACGAAGCUACGUAUAGUAUGAGUUUGCCGGAUGUGGAGUUGUGCAGGCGAUGCUUGCUGGAAGAUGUCUUGGAUGAGAGCACUAUGGCAUGA